AGAAACUACAUUAAUUGCUCGCCAUGGCUGCGGAAGUUGGUGGAUGGGAGGAGGUGCAGAGAGCAGACGCUUACGAGAAGCAGGAUGUUGCUUCAAACACUGAAAGCGAAGGAUUGGGCCCUGUUUCAAGAGAAUCCAAAGAGAAAAUGGAGGGUAAAGUGAAGUAUAAUGGAGAGGAAAAGCAACAGGACGCCUCUGCUGUUGUUGGAGAUGAUGAAGGAGAUGAAGAGCUUCAUUGCCGUCAUCACAGUUCUGAUUCCGACACCAAAUCCAACGGCUCUGGAAAUAACUCCGACAAUAGCUCUAAAUCAGCCCCUCAGUGUAAUUCUAAGGAGAAAGCUAUGAAGAAGAAACAGAAGAGAAGGUCUCUGAAAGGGAGAUCAAAGAAGAAAACAACUGAACCGAAAGAUGAAGACGAGCUUCAAUACCAGAGCGGUGAUUCAAACAACAAUAAUUCUGGUGCUGAUUCUGAUAAUAGUACUAAAUCCAACUCUAGCUCUAAAUCUAACUCUGGUACCAAGUCUGGCUCAAACUCGGUAAUUUCCAUCAUUUUUCUCAAUGCUUUAUCAGCAGCAACGUACAGUAAUGGAUUCUGACAAGUUGAAAAAAUA